GUACUUAGGGCAGCACGCUGUCUCUUUUGACUGGACUGAUGUCAGUGUCCCCACGGUCAAUCAAAUCAGGGAGACGCUGAAGCGAGCGAAGCCCACCGCUCCAGGAUUGAAGAAGUCAAUCGAAGCUUUGCUAGCAGUACAUGUCCCGAGCUGGAAAAGCAUGCCUGUCGCUGCCAUGGCAGAGUACCUCGGGGUAUGGAUUGGCCCUGCUGCGAAUAUGGAGAUGUGGUCGAGGAUGUUUCGGGAGUGGGUGGAGGUGGUGCACGCGUUAACAAAGCAGCAGGCCGCUCCCUCGGUCGCCAUCCAGCUUUAUAACUCUCGUGCUGUCUCCAAGUUCUCCUACCUUUGCCAGCUUGCCCCUCUCCCCAAGCAUGUGGCGCGAUGGGAAUCGUGGGCGUUGCACAAAGUCCUUCAUCUCCCCUCUUGCACUUUCCCGCUCCAGGACCUCCUUGCUCUCAGGACCUGGGCCAAGGUUCGGCCCUUGUCGCUCAAGGUGCAAGCCACAGCGACCCUGUGGCGAGCCGCGGUCGUCACCAUCAAGAACUGGAGGCCGCUCUUCCGCCGCCUGCAGAAGAAGGCUAGGACCGCCCUCCCCAUCGUGCUCUGGACCCGCAAUUGCUGGUCACCUCCGUUCUGGCAGCGUAGGGCCUUUGUGCAGGAGCUGGCCGAGGCUGCGGCAGGUUUUGUUGAGAACGAAUGGCUGCGGGCUCCUGUGGCUCGUGCCAAGCUCGCCCUGAAG